UUGUCGUACGGAACUCCUCGGACAUUAUCUAUUUCCAGUUUUCAUAACUGCUUUCAUAACGGUAAGGACAAACAUGUCAAACCUUUCACGGCUUCUGAGGUCAUCUAUUUUAACAAGAUGUCACUGGAAUUUUGUUCGGAAUUCAAGCUCUGGAAACAACGACCAGCCAGAAUUUAUUCCUGUGCCGGAAUACGCUGACCGACACGGAGAAGCCAUGAAAGUGAGGAAAGCGAGAUUGCUCUACCAAAGUAGAAAGAGAGGAAUGCUGGAGAAUGGACUUCUGUUAAGUACGUUUGCUUCUAAAUACUUGAAAGGAAUGACAGAAGAACAAGUUGAGCUAUAUGAUAAACUGAUAAACAAACCAAGUAAUGACUGGGAAAUUUACUACUGGGCGACAGGGAACAAGCCCACACCCGAGGAAUAUCAGAGUGAAAUAAUGGUCAUGCUUCAGGAACAUGCUAGAAACGAAGACCAGGACAGUAGAAUUACACAACCUCCUCUGUAGAAUUGAUCUGACACCAAAGAGUGAUUUCUAGUUUUACAGGAAAAACUUAUCUUAUCCAAGCCUCAAUACAUUUGUAAACUGGUACUGUACGUACACAAACUCACAUGUGCAAACUGGUACACAAACUCACAUGUGAGUGUAAUGUGAAAGUCUGGUGUUUUUUUUUUAUUAUUGUUGAACGAAUAUGUUGAUUUGAAUUAAACUGAUUUAUGUUACUAGA